GGGGGUUGCGCGGGGGCAAGGCUCGGGCAGUAGCUCCCAGGCUGUGACGCGGCGUGCACCGCGAACCCGCGACAUAGACAAAAUCACCUCUGAUACACCUAUGCACAUUUUACAAUCCUCAGAUCGAAGAAAACCAGGUCUUACGUUAAAUUCAUUCCGGUGUCCGAUCGAAGCGUGAGUUGAAAAAUUAAGAUUCAUUUUCAAGCCAGUCUUACUAGCGGUAAAGAUAGCCAUCAGGAUCUUGUGGAUGAACCGGAUCCAAGACAACGUCCUUGGGAAUUUAUUUAGGGGUGGUCGUGGUGGUGAAUUGACAGUGAAGUUGAUAAUAAUAUCGUCUGAUCCGAUCGACAGCUCUUCAGAGUAAUUUAAAUAUAGUCGUCUCGGGAUUUAAUACUGAACGCGUUUGCGAAGUUGCGAAAUGAGGUCUUCUUCGGCUUGGUUGUCUUAAAGGUCGUUCCUCCGAACAAACACGACGAGAUAAUAUGCCGACGUUAUACCGUAGCUCUGUCUCGUGCUGCAGCACUCGCACUUGCGGCCAGAUUAUCAAAAAAAACAACCCCUGCACCUUGCCGAGAAAUUUGGCUCGGUGCGGACGUGGCUCGAGAACUUCAGGGGAUAUCACAAAAUCAGUUGCGAAAUGAAUGUCAACUUUAACGAGGAAUAAAUUAAUUGAAUACCGAGAUUGUUCGAACAUACCUUACAAAAGAAGAGGAACCAGAAGAAAAAGGAGGAGGAUCGGUGCCCCGGGUCUAAUGGCGCAAUGAGCGGGGCCCCGACCAGGGGCACGGCGGCGCAACGCCCGCGACGCCUGCACCACAAGCGACAUCGUCGGGCCCCAGAACCGGUGGACCCUCCGGAUCCAGAUCCAGACCCCGACGAACCUGUGAAAAAGCGACCCAAGGUGAACCCCAUUUUUCUAUGGGCUUCCCAGCAGGAACAGAGAAUAGUAGAGGUCCGGUGCGAGGAUUACGAUAAGAGAAAUAGGAUUAAACUCACCAAAACCGCACAAGGAUGGCGGUCGAUACCACGGACCACCGUCAUCCCUACGGCAACACCAGCUGUUGCCACGACGAAUAACGAGGGAGAGAAGCAGAAGCAUCAUCGUCAUCAUCACCAUCAUCAUCAUCAUCAUCAUCAUCAUCACCGGCGUGGUAUAAGGAGGCGGACCGCUGAAAAUGAAGAUGUGCAAGAACUGGAUCAGGAGAGGAUCGUGAACCAAAGACUGCUUCUUCUUCAGCCGAGAGUCGUUCUCCGGCAGUUGAGACCGUCCGAGUUACCUUCCGGUACAACUGAACAGGAAGACCCUAUAGAUAUAAUCCUGGAUGCGACCAGUGCAUCUCCAGCUAUCGCAGCUAUGGCUGCGGACACGCCAAUCGCCGAUUUACCCCACUCACCGAAUCAUCUGCCGACAACGGAAGUCUCCACGAAAACUCAUGGCAAAGAAUGGUCGACGAAUAUCGUCUCCUCGGAAGUGGAAGCUACGAAUGCCGCCAUCGGUGAUGCGGAAGCUACUUCAAGCUCGAGAAUUCUCGACGCACUCAGACAGAAACCAGGGCUUUCCGUCUCCAUCGCUGCUAAAAGGGCUACGGAAGAGACCGAUGUCGAAACCCCGUGCAUCGACGACAUCGGUGAGAAUUCUUCUUCGGAAUCUACCAAUGAUCGUUCUUGGCAACGAUCGGGUCCUCCGUCUUCGGGUCUCCUGAUAUCCAUCCCUACCGUAAACGGAGAAGACAAAUCAAACUGUUUACCUGAUACAUUGAAGAGCGCAGAUCGCGUUCCGGUUCCGACUCUAAUGUCCGGCCUAUCCAUCAGCAUCCCAAGCUAUCGGUAUCGACCAAGGAUGGAGGAGGACCUCGCAUCUUCGCGAAGGAUAGACUCUGAAUCUCCCGAGGGUUUGAGUUGCGGGUUACCGACCAUUUCCAAGGCCGAGACGGAGGAUCCGGACGAUUCGAGGUCGCAAAGUGCGGUCGUUCAAGCGUCGCCACAACCAAGCGGUAUUCCCUGCUCUCCAGCUGCCGGUGGAAGACCAGCUUCCGCGUAUUUGGAACGACUUCUCCCUAGUCCCCCGUGUUCCGUUUCGUGUUCCGAAGAUGCCAGGAAUGAUUUAACCCUAAAAGGAAUUCUCGCCUCGCCCAGUCACCUCUUACGGAAUCUUCAGAACUCCGAUCAGCUUCCAUCUGAAACCAACAACAAUGAGUACAUGGAAAAUUCAUUGCCGACGAGAAGCUGCAGGGACUUAGAACUCGACUCUUCACCUGAUCCAGCUUGCGAACUCAGGGAACUUCUGAGGACAUCCGGACACCUGAUACCAGAUCCCCUUCUGGUCCCCAGGGACCUUCUUCCCGCGCUGGCCACUGCUCCAGCCACCGAAAUACCUCAACUUCUGGCGUCUCGACCUGAACUCAGACUCCCGCAGGCUCUCGGUAGGCCCGAACUCCUCAGGGACCCCGAUCUCCUGGUCAUAUCGCUUGCCCAUCUUCAACACGUCCUUGAUCACGGGGAAGGUCCUGUCGCCCCCGGAAGAGAUGACAGACCGAGGCCAAAGUUAUCCUGCAAACCAAUCGGUACCCUGAUGCCCGCUCCGAUUGAUCUCUCCAGUAAUCGAGGACGACAAAAUUCCCAAGGUUCUUAUCCGUUGCUAAGGGUACGAACCACAGGACUUUUGAAACAGGAAUCAGAGGUCACGUCCACCGCCACAUCACCCGAGGACUCCCACCUUUGGCACCCUCUGUUCAGCAGCCAGAAGAGGCAUCAGCAUCCGUACCACGAUUUGCACCACUACAACAGCCAGUACGAUCAUCCUCAACUCUAUCAUCAUCGGCAUCACCAUCAUCAUCAUCAGCAGCAGCAGCAACAGCAUGGUCCUAAUAAUAUUCACGAUCAGUUGCAGCAACGGCAGCAUCAACUAAGGGUGCUGCAACAACAGCAGCAACAACAACAACAAAUCCGAAAUCAUCAUCUUCAUCAUCAUCAUCAUCAUCACCCACAGCAACAGCAACAGCAACAACAACAACAACAGCAACAGCAACAGCAACAGCAUCAGCAGCAACAAAAUCGUGCUGCAUCGUGGCACAGGGCGACGACGAUUGCUUCAUGACCGAGGGAAGGUCGAGUCGAAGAAAAUUCACUCCAAUCUUCUUCGGUCGUCUCAAAUGUCCAGGGCCAGGUUAACAGCAACUUUACUGCGGGUUAUAAUAAUGCGUAUUUAGGCCAAGACUUGUUAUAUGUUGGAGACCCCGUGGUUCAACAACAGACGGUACAUAUCAUGCCGCCGUUUUAAUUUCCACGGGAUCGUGUAUCACUUUAGGGUGCAGUAUAUAUAUAAAUAGUAAGGACUAAUAUACGAUAAGCAGGCCACGGUCGAGAGGAUCACUAUGUGUAUAUUUUACCUAUAUCUCAAACUUCAAUAGUCGUCUAUGAGUUAAAGCCGGAUUGCAAUGAAAUUUAUUUACAAUUAGUUUUCCAAAUUUCGCGACGAAUAUUCCUAUAUAAUUCCUAUAUAAUACAAACAAUAUCGUUGAUUAUACGAUUUAUCAUAACGAAUUAUAGCCAUACAUCAUUAUAUGUAUAUUAUAGACUAUAAUUUGUAUAGACUGUGUGCGUAUAUUAUUAUCAAAUCUACAUACCAUAUUAUACGCAGAACUGAUCAAAGGUUGUAAAUAUAAUUAUUGUAACGUUAGUUAUCGUAUUAAUAAUAAUAUAUAAUUAAAAGUAAUGUUUACGAGAUGAUCAAGUGCAAUCCCUGAACGCAUACAUAUUGUCGUUAAUACGAUUGAUAUAGGUACUACGAGUACAAGUGCGUAAGGUGUAUGAUAUUUAUAGGUGCUAAAUAACGUUGUUAAAGAUAUUAUUACCUCUGUAGAUAGAUAAUGGAUAUAAGUAUAGAAAAGUUAAUCCUACGCUCGGUGGAUUCGGACACGAUCAAUUGAUAAAAGAAAAAGUCCAAAUAAUACCAAUAACUAAGGGUGAUGUAGAACCAAUAAUGCGCGAUCUGAUCAUGUACGGUAUACAUCAUAUUAAUAUGUAGAAGAAUUAAAACAAAACAAAAAAAAACCUAAUUGCAUAAAAAUGUGCUGCAUGUACUUUGCAGAAUGUAUGUGUGUACAAGAAAACUUUGUUCGUAUAUAAAGCUAUAUGAAAAAUA